AUGACUAUUGCUACAGUGACUACUCUCGCAUCCCCGUCGUCGCCCAUCAAGAGUGUCAAGCAAGCAUCGCUUAUGUUCGAAGGUCUUUGUACUAUCACUCAAAGCCUCUUGCAGUUCCAUCGCCCCAGUCUAGGUGGCCGUUUCCAUCUCCUGGUCCCUUUGAUGCAAAGACUUCUUGCUUGUCUCUUCCUGCCAAGCAGUAGAGACGCGGGCACUAUCAACAGGUUCAAACAUCCAGUAUGGCUUGAUCCUGUUAAUGCUCCGUUGACUGUGAAGCACGCACAAAAGUUCUCAAGGCUUCUCGAAAAUCUUUGCAAUCCACCUCAGCUCAAUGUAGCAGGAAGUCGAGGCAAAACAGCCGAACUCGUUGACGAGACACGCAAAGCUCGCAUGCAUGUCUCCCAGCAUGCUCCUCACAUCCUUCACUACUACUGCACACUUAUCUUGAAUGGCAAACUAGGCGAAGGCAUGCGAGAUGCACUUACUCCAGGUAUGUGGGCAAUCAUCGAUGUCGCCGAGAUCGGUGCAGAUGAUAGCCGUGGUGUCAAGGCAUUGAGCUCUAGCAUGGGUAAUGCCGAUCGUGCUGUCUUGAGAGGCAUUUGGGAGGAUUGGCGUAGAUUUGGUGGAGCUUGGAAAGGUUAG